GCCCGGCCCGGGGGAGGGCACGGCGCUGCCCGGGGGUUGACCCGCUCGUCCCUCCGCCGGCCGCCCGGGACACCGACACCGCUGGCAGGGCCGCAGCGGCACUCCUCGCGCCGCCCGCUUCGCCGCCAGCCCCGGCAGAGCGGAGCUGAUCGCGGAGAGCCGCCCGCCCGUCCUCGGAGGCGGCUUGCAGAGAGGCCGGCUCCGGCGAGCACCCGUCCUCCCGCUGGGACGUCUGCGCCCGCCGUCGGGGCCGACGAGUAGAAAAUGAAUCCCGCUCCGGCACCGCCGCCGGGCCAGCAGGUCAUCCACGUAACGCAGGACCUGGACACGGAGCUGGAAGCUCUGUUCAACGCGGUGAUGAACCCCAAGCCCAGCUCCUGGAGGAAGAAAAUCCUGCCUGAGUCGUUCUUCAAGGAACCCGACUCGGGCUCUCACUCGCGGCAGUCGAGCACGGACUCGGGCGGGCCCCCUCCACGGCCCAGCGCCGCGCAACACGUUCGCUCCCACUCCUCGCCCGCUUCGCUACUGGGCACAGCGACCGCUCCUCAGCACGCUCACCUCCGCCAGCGCUCCUACGACGUGACGGACGAGCUGCCACUGCCUCCUGGCUGGGAGAUGGCGCUCACGCACACGGGACAGCGCUACUUCCUCAAUCACAUAGAGAAAAUCACAACAUGGCAAGAUCCUCGCAAAACCAUGAACCAGCCUCUGAAUCCCAUGAGCCACCACCCUGCAGCUACUUCCACAGCACUGCCACAGAGGUCUAUGGCAAUGUCGCAGCCAAAUCUCGUCAUGAACCACCAGCACCAAAUCACAGCCAGCACAGCCAUGUCACAGCAGAGUCGCCCUCCCCAGACGCCACAGCCAGGGCUGCUCAACCUGCCCAGUGCUCUGACCACGCAGCAGCAGCAGCAGCAGAAGCUGAGGCUGCAGAGAAUCCAGAUGGAGAGGGAGCGAAUUCGGAUGCGCCAGGAGGAGUUGCUGCGACAGGAAGCUGCUCUGUGCAGGCAACUUCCCAUGGACUCAGAAAACAUGGUUCCAGUUCAGACAGCUGUGAGUACCCCUGCCAUGACACAAGACAUGAGGCCUAUUACGAACAACGGCUCUGAUCCCUUCUUAAACAGUGGGCCCUACCAUUCCAGGGAACAGAGCACAGACAGUGGCUUGGGCUUAGGAUGCUACAGCAUACCAACAACACCUGAAGAUUUCCUCAGCAACGUGGAUGAGAUGGAUACAGGAGAAACUAUAGCACAGACAACAAUGAGCAUCAAUCCACAGCAAACACGCUUCCCUGAUUUCCUCGACUGCCUCCCAGGAACAAAUGUUGACCUUGGCACUCUAGAGUCAGAAGACUUGAUCCCUAUUCUCAACGAUGUGGAGUCAGUACUCAACAAGAAUGAGCCCUUCCUUACCUGGCUGUAAUCAAUCGAUGCUGAUUUCGCCUACAGUAAACUCAACGUUGCCUUUUUCCUCUUGAGAUAGAGGUGGAACAGCUGAAAGUCCUCAAGAGAUACAACUUACUGCCUUAAUGACUUCUGUUACAUCACUUUUAUGGUCAUUUUAAUCUCUGCCUGGAUUUGAUUGGCACUAAUUUAAAUAUAAAAUACCUAUAUAUAUAUAAACCCCACCAUAUAUGCAUAUCUAUUUCCUCUUCUUUAAGAAACAAAAGCACACUGCUUUACACAUCUGUAGACUUCUUUACCUUUUCAGCCCAGGCAGAAAUGCUCCAUUUUAAGGACAGGAAGUGGGUGAUGUUUGUGCAUGCCCUUGACUGAUCUCCUGGGCGUUGCUUAACAUCACAAACCCUUCAUGAGUCGUAAAAGCUGGCGCCUAGGUCACUUGUUUCAACAGACGUUCACAGCAUCAGACCACGACAGCAAUUUUACUACUGUGUUUAUGACAACAGCAUCAGAAACUGUUUUAUCAACUUAGUUAAGCUUUAAAAAGCUUUUCUUUUUUUUUCUCCUCUUUUUUUGCUUUGUUUGUUUUUAACUAACUGUGCUGUGUGGAAUAGAGGUAAAACCUGACCCAUACCAGCCGUCGUAGUCCUCAUUCUGUGUUUCUAAAGGCACAAACAGUACUUAGAGCAGUUUCUUCCUUUUCCUUUUGUAAAGGCACAAACAGUACUUAGAGCAGGUUCUUCUUUUUCCUUUCUUUUUUUCUUUCUGCAGUAUAUUACUGUAUAGUUUUCAUCAAAGAAAUGCUUCCAAUCUGAAAAGACCAGAACUGUUUAGCCCUGUUUUUACACUACAAUAUUGUUGCAGGAUAAAGCAGACUGGUACUGACUGCUGCCUUUUUAUUUCUUUUUUUAAAGACCUUAGGUUUUGAUGUUUGCUCCAUUAAGCACUACAGUUUUGUAACUUAACACAGGAAUGAACAAUUGUUUUUUAUUCUAUAAAUAUAUAUCAAUUCUCUGGCAGUUACCUUAGAGGCAAAACAAAAAAGGCCCAAGUGUGAAACACGUGGCACAAACUGUUUGUGUGAUGUGUAGCAGGCAAGCCCCUUGCACCUACUGUGUUGAGUCAUGUUUUUAACUGACAGUGUCAGGGUAAAUGUAGUUGUGAGCAGGUGGUGAUUCUACCAGGGUAAGGUAAAGCAGUGUGGUAGCUCCUCUAGUAGAGCUGCUGAGUUCUCAAGUCUUCCACUGGCUGUAAUGGCACACAGGGCACAAGGCACAUUCUGUGUGUUUCUACCUAUUGUAUAUCCUGCAGAUGCUUCUUUGUCAAGAGCUUUGGGACUGAGGAGGGGUCGAGGACAUUAAGCCCUGAAAUGCAAAUGAAGUCCUAAAAUUCUUUAAAUAUUUUGAAGUUCUGUUAUUUAUACUCUACGAAUUCAAGCUUUUUAUACUGAAAAAUAUGUCCUUUUUAUGAAAGGCAUUAAAGCUUUUCUCUUAGCUUAGUCUAGGCUGUGUAGAGAGAGGGAGGAGAUGUAGCACUCAGCAUAACCGUGUGUUUUGGCAGGUCUAGCAACACUUAACAAGAUCUUCCUGAUGCAGCAGAACAUUGAUCACUAAAGACUUUUUUUUCCAUCUGGUUGGGUGAAGGCAGGUGAAAAGGUCAGAGAUGAGGUGAUGGGAAUCUGGAGUAGGUUUGGAAGAGAAAUGAUAACGUAACGAAUGUAGAUCCUUGCUGGGAAGGGUGGCUGCAGAAAGGGAUCAGCAGCGUCCAGGAGAAAGAAGAACUUGAGCCAAUAAACUACCCUGUCAGUGGGGAGCUGCUGGGUGUGCAGAGUACCAGAAGAUGGAGAAUGAAAAGCAUGCACACACCAGAAUUCUGAGUAAAGAGACAGAAGGCAAAGACCUACAGUUGUGAAGUUUUAUUACAUGGGGAAAAGUAGCUUUUCUGUCUUUUUAAUAGAAAAUGAGAUGUGGCUGCAGGCUUGUGUCUGCACAGAACUUAAUUACUGAAUGGGCAUUGUGUUUCUUUUGUUCUUUUGCAGAGGCUAUUUGUUGUUUGUUUUGGGUUUGGGUUUUUUCCUCAUUAUUUCUGUUAGUACUAAGUGUUGAGAUAGCAGAAAUUUCUUUUCCACAAACAGGGGACCGGGCUGGCUGACCAAUAUUACUGUAAUUAAGGCUUUCUUCAGGUCAUCAGCCUAAAAGCAAACCAGAUGGUCCUAAGGCUUUGUUCUUUAGGAAGGUGACUGGCUUGGGUAAAAGAACUGGAGCUUGGUUUUGGUGUCUGGUAGUGAUGCCAGUUCAUCAGCGCUGCAAGGCUGGCCUAGCAAAUGCAAAGCCAUUGGUGCUCCAGCAGCUCUGAGCAGCUGCAGAUCUGAGCUCUGCGGCGAUUCAGCUGGCAGGGCUCAGCAUGAGUGCCUGCUUGGAAACUGGAGUUUGUUUGUUUGCUAGGCAGUCUGUACUACUGUGAGUUAGGGUUUGUCACAGUAAAAGCUACUCCAAGCAGAGCUGACUCUGUUGGCUGCUCUUUGGCCAUGCUGACGUUCAUCUUCAUGCUUCUUAGGGGAAAAUUGAUGCAGUCUUCUAGUGAAGCCAUGAAAGAUACUCAUCGGAAUUGUGAAGCUACGAACUGGAGUCCCCUUUCCUGGGUUAAGCAUCUUGGUUCAAAGACCUUGGAGAGGUCAGAAACUGUUUCUGUAUUACUUCUGCACUAAACCAGCAGCAAAUUUGGAACAGGAGGGUGCUAUGUGAAGCAAUACUUCCAGUGUAAAAAAAACUGCCAAAAUAUUAGCUCAGGUCUUUGCUCAGUCCUGAACUGACUCAUGGUUAAGCUGGAAGUGAGUCUUUACACUGAAAGCUUCUCGAUUUUUUUUAAUGGGGAGGGUGCAGCAACAACAAUGACAAAGAAAAUCUAGGGUUUAAAGCUGCCCUUUUGAAAGUUCCCAGCUGUAAAGAGGCUCACUGGCAGAACUCUGUAAGUAUCCAAAGCAUGACACUAAAUUUCUUAGUGACAACAGUUCACUCUACUAGUUCAGGUUUUGAACAUUUGCUUCCCUAAAUGCACACUGUCUGCUUGUAGUACACAGUGGCUGUGCCAGCUGGACACUCGUGCUGUUGACAUGGCUGAGGGUGGCACACACAAAUCAAGGUGCCCACAGAAGUCACAGGACACUGUUAAUUACAGGUCGUAUGCUGGUAAUGCUGUUGAGAAUGUAGCUCGGGGAGGGUUGGGUUGGACAGUUUGAUGAUGAGUGCUGUUUUGGGGUGGGGGGGGUGGAAAGGGAGGAUUUAGAUGUCUAUUUGAAAUGCAGGAACAUAUGAGUGUUCAAAUAAACCUGUUUCCUAAUCCACUGCAUCCAUCUACAUGCUAGUAGUUUAACUUUUUUAUCAUUACUGUUAUUAUUAUUGGCUUUUUUGGGUCAUUUUGUUACGUGACAUGCGUGAGGAUUCCUUUGUAACCUCGAGUACCUUGCAACGGAUUGUAUGUAUCAAAAGCAGUCAGAUCCAACUGUUGUAGCCAGGGUUUGAUUCUGGGGGAGGGGUGGGUGGGUUAUUUUUUAUG